GCGCACUAAUUCCACGUAUGCAGACAAGGGGUGAGGUAUUACUGUCGUGUGUAGGUCUACCACUCCUGCUUCUAUUCCAGCAUAUAGACUAGCUAGACACAUAUACUGAGAUGGCAGGAUUACGUCAUACUUACGUCACAAUUUUGGGUGUGAUCCUCAUUUCUUAUGGCAUCAUACUCAACGUGCUUGGCGCCAUAGCUUCCUUUAUACAUCCGGGUUCUUACCAUCAUGGCGCCGUGGGAACACCGAUGUGGGGAGGGCUAGCGUAUAUCAUAUUAGGAGCAGUGAAUGCUGUAAAAGGACUGAAAAGAAACAAAGAAAAGGGCGGCAUAUCUUUGCUUCUCUCUACUACCAACUUUCUCGCCGCGAUCGUAUCAUUCGUAGUCAUAGCGCUGACGUCAUGGUCAAUGUCCGCAUCAGGUAUCAUCACUGAUAACUCCGUCACUGAGCUCACUGUGACGUCACAAACGAAUGCUACUAAUGACAAUCUAACUGGCCUUCAGCUCUCAUUGACACCGAUAUAUUCCACAGUAAUCUCGUCAUGCGUUAUCAUCAUUCUCAUGGUGUUCAUUAGCUUGUUUUUAGACUGUGUGCGUAUCAUCUACGCGAGACCUGCGAUUACUGCGCAGGUGCAUCAUGGGAAGGGAUGGGAUGAGAGGGAUGGUCCGGGGAAAGCGUACCCCAUCAUCGAGGAGGAAGCCACGCCUCAAUAUCACCACGGCGACGCGGUGGGCGAGGUCGUGUAUGGCAAUUCUCCCCCGUUGCCGAGGGUACAGGUCGUUAAAACCAUCGAAAGGCCCAGUUUUCAUUACCACAUGGAACCAAUAACGGAAGAUAACCGUGUUGCAAUUCCAUACCACGCCCAUCAUCCAAGCCACGCCCAUCAUCCAGAGCACGCCCAUUAUCCAGACCACGUCCGUCAACCGAGCUACGAACGUUCAAAGAAGAGACAAACAAUCACCACACACCAACCUCAUACGAUUGAGAGAGAAAAUAGAAACAGAAAAUAUCCUUACCAGUCUAACCCGGGACCGGAAGUCAGGGAAGUAGCAGAAAGGGAAGACAGACGUCCGAAACCAUACUUCUACCUGUGAUACUUUUCAUUGACUCGAUUCGUAUGUCCUGACUUGUUGAACAGCGCCCUCAUAUAGCGGCACUAGCUAGUUUCCCCCACCAACACGCAGAAUGAACUCGAGAACACAAUGAAUUGCCCGUCAUAUCACAAUACACAGCUGCACUAGCGUACCUACGGGGGGCAUACAAAAGACAUAUACCUGCCCCCCCCCCCCCUGACGAGCUUG